AGCAAAUGAGAGCGAACGGGAAGCAUCUUCCAAGUUGGACUGGUAGCUGCAAAGCAGGAGCAGCAGCCGCAGCAGGAACUUCCCAGAUUCAUUGGGCAAGAUCCAUUUUGGUAUCAUCCAUCAACAGACCUUCCGUUGGCAUCAACAGACCUUCCCCGAUGGAUGACUUUGGGGAAGCAAAUGGCACUUUUGCCAUCAACUUAUUAAAAAUGUUGGGUGAAGAAGACAACUCACAGAAUGUGUUCUUAUCUCCCCUGAGCAUCUCCUCUGCCCUGGCCAUGGUCUUCAUGGGGGCCAAAGGAGACACUGCAGCCCAGAUGUCCCAGGCACUUUGUCUGAACAAGGCUGGUGAUGUCCACCAAGGUUUCCAGGCACUUCUCUCGGAUGUUAACAGAUCUGACACCCAGUACUUGCUCAGAACUGCCAACAGACUCUUUGGAGAAAAGACGUGUGAUUUCCUUCCGGCCUUUAAGGAAUCCUGCCAGAAGUUCUAUCAGGCCGAGCUGGAGGAGCUGUCCUUUGCUCAAGACACCGAGGAAUGCAGAAAGCACAUCAACGACUGGGUGGCAGAAAAGACUGAAGGUAAGAUUUCGGAGAUUUUGGGUGUUGGCACCGUUGAUCCACUGACCAAACUGGUUCUGGUGAAUGCGAUCUACUUCAAAGGCAGGUGGAAGGAGCAGUUCGACAGAAAGCACACAAGGGGGAUGCCUUUCAAAGUCAACCAGGAAAAAAAGACAGUGCAGAUGAUGUUUAAGCAUGAUAAAUUUAAAAUGGGCUGUGUGGAGGAGGUGAAAAGCCAGGUGCUGGAGCUGCCCUAUGUGGGGGAGGAGCUGAGCAUGGUCAUUCUGCUGCCUGAUGAAGACAUUGAUCUUGCAGUGGUGGAAAAGGCACUUACAUAUGAAAAGUUCAGAGCCUGGACGGAUCCAGAAAACAUGAGUGAGAUUAAAGUUCAAGUUUUUCUUCCCCGGUUAAAACUGGAGAAGAGCUAUGACUUGGAGUCUUAUCUUCGAAGUUUAGGAAUGACUGAUGCUUUUGAGGAAGCCAAGGCAGACUUUUCUGGAAUGUCAACUAAGAAGAAUGUGCCCGUGUCCAAGGUUGCACACAAGUGCUUUGUAGAGGUCAAUGAGGAAGGCACAGAGGCGGCUGCGGCCACUGCCGUGGUCAGGAAUUCCCGGUGCAGCAGAAUAGAGCCAAGAUUUUGUGCAGACCACCCAUUCCUUUUCUUCAUCAGGCACCACAAAACCAACAGCAUCUUGUUCUGCGGCAGGUUCUCUUCUCCAUAAAGAGGUGCCAUUGCUUACAGGUGCUCCUUUCCCUUCUGCCAACCUUGCCUUGAUUCAGAUUCUGUAGGACCAAAUUGGUGCAUGUGGUGGUAUGAAUGCCAAAAUAAAGCGUUUGCACCUAGGA